AUGAAGUGCCAACUAGCUGCAGAACCCAUGAAAAGAACUGAGUAUUUUGCGACACUGUGCAAGCUAGUGCACUUAAGCCCAAAGAACCCUAUGCCCCUCACGGAAAUAGUUGAACUCUACAAGAAAGGCAGUCUCUCAGGGAGCAUAAAUUACUACAGAGCAAUUCUUAAGAGAAGAAGGAUUGUUUAUGCUUCAAUUAAGGCAAGUAUACAGGAGACACUUAAAAAUACUUCUGUACCAUGUGAUAAAAUAAGUAUAUAUGAAGAGUUAUACAGUGCCAGCCUAGUGACAGACCAAGAAAUACUUGAAAUAUUUAGGGAAUUCUCGCAGGUGCACCCGAAUGAGAUGUUCUCUGCCUUGGAAGACCCAGAUAGUUUCCUGUUGAAAAUAUGCCGUCUUAUAAGGACAGAUUUCUCAGAGAGUGUUUGUGUAAUAUCCAGGACCAUGCUAGAGUGUAAUAUGCACAUGCUCCUGGAAUAUAUCAGUAAAAGAGAGCACUCUAAGACACUAAAGUACUUGAUCAAGGAUAUUGAAGGAAUGGGGUACCUUAAGGAGAAUAUUCUAAUUAGUCUAGUGGAAGGCGUUGAUACUUUGGAGGGAAUUAAGGAUAUGCUUAACAAGGUGAUAACCCUGCAUAUAAGCCUGACUAAAAUCGAUUUUACAUUAGUCCUUCUAACACCCAUCAUGGAGCACAUUAAGGAAAGACUCUCUGAGAGACUAAAUUCCUGUGGGAGUGACUUGGCAGCAGAGGUUCUGUUUGGGAUUAUUUCCAGCAGAGGAAGGGAACUAGUUGAAAAUGUACAGGAAAUUGGAAGGGAUAAGGGCAAGAGUAAAGUGCAAUUACAAGGAGACGUACUGGAUUUCUUGCUGUCACUGCUGCCAUACGACAGUGUAAUACACACACUAGCACUAAGUAUAUCUAGAGACUGCAUUUUAUACAGGUCUGACAGGAAUGAACUAAUUCGCAUACUGGAAGGCAAAUUAGGGUUCUACAGGGCAUCCAGCAUAGGAAUCAUAAAAAGAGACUUUGAAUAUUUCUGUGGAAUUAAAGUUAGUGAGGCAGAUGUAUUUGAAGAUGUCCUUAAGGGAACAUGCAUUCCCAGAGAAGUAUUUCUAGGGGGAACUGUGCAGAUUGAGAAUUUUAUUGUCUCAGAGCAUUACUGGCCGGAGAAUAAUUAUCAGUCAUGGGAUGACUUAUUAGGCGGGGCAGGUGCAUGGGGGGAUAAGCAAGGGGUGAAGAAUAAUUUGAAUGAACAAAUUUCAUUGGAAUAUUCUGACAAGCAUACGUACCUGGAUGUGAGUGUAGAGGUGGGUGGGAAGGUGGUUGAUUUAUCAGUUCCCAUACGGUAUGUGGAAUAUUUGUAUAGCCAGGAUAUGCCGCAGGAUGAGAUAAAUAUUAUCAAGGAGUUUUGGGCGCAUGUCAUGCAGGCGUAG